GAGAACGAAAACUAACACACACUUGACUCCAUCACUCACUCAGUCAGUCAGAGGCAAAUUCGUAUAUAAACCAAAAAUGGCGGAUUCAACCGAUUCUUUCUCCAUUGACAUGGAUACCAACUGCUUUCAUGAUGGAAAGGAGCACCUGAUCAAAACUGCCAAUGGAUUUAUUUCUGUUGCCAUCUUGGGGGACCCAGAUAAACCAGCUCUAGUUACAUACCCAGAUUUGGCUUUAAAUUAUAUGUCAUGUUUCCAAGGCCUGUUCUUAUGUCCAGAAGCAUUCUCUUUGUUGCUUCAUAAUUUCUGCAUAUAUAAUAUCAAUCCGCCUGGUCAUGAGUGGGGAGCUGCUCCAAUGUCAUAUGAUGAUCAGGCAUUAUCUGCUGAUGACUUAGCCGAUCAGGUUGCUGAGGUUCUCGACUAUUUUGGACUUGGUGCUGUUAUGUGUUUGGGGGUAACAGCCGGUGCCUAUGUAGUUACCUUGUUUGCGAUGAAAUAUACACAACGUGUCAUUGGUCUUAUACUUAUUUCUCCAUUCUGCAAAACACCUUCCUGGUCAGAAUGGUUGUGUAAUAAGGUCAUGUCAAACGUUCUAUAUUACUAUGGGAUGUGUGGUCUUGUAAAAGAGUUAUUGUUGAUGCGUUAUUUCAGCAAGGAAGUUCGUGGAGGUAGUGUGAUUCCAGAAGCAGAUGUGGUUCAGUCAUGUAGAAGUUCGCUCAAUGGGAUGCAGAGUAUUAAUGUGCUGAAAUAUCUCGAAGCUAUUAAUGGAAGAGCAGACAUAACUGACGGACUGAAAAGAUUGCAAUGUCGUACACUAAUCUUUGUAGGAGAGAAUUCUCCAUUCCAUUUGGAGUCUCUCCAUAUGACUUCAAAGCUAGAUAGAAGAUUCAGUGCACUCAUUGAGGUUGGAAGAUGCGGCUCGGUGGUAACAGAGGAGCAACCUGACUCGAUGUUGAUGCCACUGGAAUGCUUCAUGAUGGGAUAUGGAGUUUACAGACCAUCUCAGUUAAAUACAAGUCCUAGAAGCCCAUUGAGUCCAACUUCAAUCUCCCCAGAGCUUUAUAAACCCGAAAGCAUGGGCUUGAAGUUGAAGCCUAUCAAAACUAGACUUCAUCCAUGAUGAAGGAUGCAAAAAAGCAAGUGCUAUGGGUUACUAGAUAGUUGAAUAUUGUUUGGGAAACUCGAAUAGAGGUGUGUAGAUAACAGGAUCGAGGAGACAUCGUUUUUAAUUUACUAAAAAUGCAAGAGAGCUUCCAGACUUGUCGAUUUGGUAGACGGUAGAGGUGUAUCUAAGCAUCAACUGAUAGAAACAUGAAAAGAACAUUUCUUUUUAA